AGUGAUUGGUUUCAAUCUACAUGCUCAUGAUCUGGUGACAGAGAACUGGUGACCCACAUUGGUCAUUGGGGGUGGCCUCUUUCUGUGCUUCUUCUUUCUAAUUGAUUGAACCAAAUUCUUCAAUUUCUCUCUGCAUCAUUGCUUUAACAUUCUUAAUUUUUCUUCUGCAAUCUGUUUAUGAAUUCAAGUUAAUAUCUUGGAGAGGUUUUAAAUUUCAAUUGGUGGUUUUGACUAUAUGUUUCUUUUAUCCAUCUCUUGAAUCUUCCUAAAACAAAUUUGAUUAGAGAGUGAGAGUUUUGUUUUUUGUUUUCUAGCAAAGCAAAAAAUUCAAAGUGAUACCUUUGUUAAGGAAAUAGGAAAACACACAAACAUGAUAAAGUCCUGCAUAUGAAACAGAAGCCAACAAAACAACAAUUAAAACACACCCAGAGAGGUACAGAGAGACACCCUUUAAAGGCUUGCUUUAACUACUGAGCUACUACAGAAGUGGCCCUCCUUUGUGUUUGUAGUUUUCUACCUUCCUUUCUUCCUCUCUUUUUCUUCUUUCUCCUUAACCAGUUCUUUUUUCUCUAUUGUCUUUCAAGCAUAGGUUAUAUGAUUCUGUUUUCAUAGCAGGAUUAUUGAACCACAUACAUCCAAUCUCAACCAACUCUUUUUUCUCCCUUAUUGCCUUUCAAUUUUUCUCUAAUCCUUGCGGGCAAAACAUAUUACAAAUUGAUGUCUAAUUUGUACAAUCAGAUUUCCUUACCUCCCUCCCAAAGAGCCAAUUCACCAAACAUAAACGUGAGAAGCAAUUUUGAUGUUGAUAGUCAGUACUUAACUGAGCUGCUGGCAGAACGCCAGAAGCUUGGACCUUUCAUGCAAGUCCUACCCUUCUGCACCAGACUCCUUAAUCAAGAGAUUUUAAGGGUCACCGGAAAGAAUGAAUUGUUGCAGAACCAAGGAUUUAGUGAAUUUGAUAGAACUCGAUUCAUGAAUCCGAGUCAUAUGGCUUCUUCAAACUUAACACCAAACUUCACUGGUUGGAACAGCCUUUCUCAUGAGAGAUUAUCUGGAGUGCAAGGACUAAAUAUGGAUUGGCAAACCUCACCAGUUGCUCCAAGUUCUCCCAUUGUGAAGAAGAUACUGCGCUUGGAUAUUCCUAAGGAUAGCUAUCCUAAUUUUAAUUUUGUUGGCCGGCUUCUUGGCCCUAGGGGUAAUUCACUGAAGCGAGUGGAAGCUACCACAGGUUGUCGUGUAUUUAUCAGAGGGAAAGGUUCAAUUAAAGACUUGGACAAGGAAGAGUUGUUGAGGGGAAGGCCUGGCUAUGAGCACCUGAAUGAUCCACUUCACAUUUUAAUUGAAGCUGAACUUCCAGCCAACAUUGCUGAUGUAAGGUUGAGGCAAGCACAGGAAAUCAUACAAGAGCUACUUAAACCAGUGGAUGAGUCUCAAGACCUUUACAAAAGGCAACAACUGAGAGAACUCGCUAUGCUUAAUUCCAACUUCAGAGAAGAGAGCCCUCAACUGAGUGGUAGUGUCUCUCCAUUCACUUCUAAUGAAAUAAAACGGGCCAAAACUGAUCAAUAGUGAUUGUAUGUUGAGAAUUGUUGCAUUGCUUGAAUGCUUCUUGUAACUAAAUUUUGUAAAGCUGCGAUGAAAAGGUCUUGCUGAUUUGAUGCUGCUGAUUUGGAGAACACAAUAAAGGAGAGAAAAACAUAAUUCAUUGUCUCUAGACAAGAAAAAUCAUUAAACUGAUUAAACAAUAUUUUGACCUAUUUAUCUCUCCGUUUGUAUGCUUAUCAAUAUGACAUUGCUGGGGUUUAUAAACUGUUUAUUUAUAGUAUUGGAAAAAUGUGUUUC